GAAGCUUUUUUCUGGUUCUUACCUUUCAGGAGAAGACGAAUGGAUCGAUAGACCUUUGAGCUUACAUCCACAGAAAAGGGGAUACGUAGUGAUUCGAUUCGAGCUCGAUAUGGAGGCCGCAGGACAGCGAUUCAAAGUGCUCGCAGAGUAAAUAAAAUGCACUCCAAAAAAAAGCCACGAGUCCGAGUCGGUGUAGAACGUAGCAGGAGCAGCUACAUCUGUCGGUCGGCUUCCAUGGCUUUUCGUAAAGCCUCGGAAAGUAAUGAGGAAUGGUCAUACUCGACGCAGGAGGAGUGCUCUGGAUGCGAGGAGUCAGAAGCAAGAAAUAUGCAGCAAAAGCGAUGCGCCGAAUCCAUUGCACCGAUCGUACUCAUCCGGGUCUCGUCACUUCGAUGCCUGACUCGUCACCGCAAUCGAUGAUUGAUGUGGCCGUGGAAUCUCUCCAAAUCAUACGCAGCUGCAGCUGCCCCAGAAGGUCACUGUUGUUGCUCGCUUGCCGAAUAUGGUUCAGAGAUCCCCGAUUGCAUUUUUUUGGUUGACAAAGCUCGUCGCCUUCCCCUUUGGCGACGAGCUUUUUCCCCCGGUUCUAUUCGUUCCCGAACGUAUCGAAUUCAGAGCAAUGUAUAUUCUACUCAUCGGGAGAAACGAGAAUAAACAUUAAAAUGGCAUAUACCCGAUAGACCCGAAGAUGUGUUGUUGUCCGGCAACACGAGCAUGGAAAGUUGUGUGUGGUAGAUAUGGUACUCAUUUGGCCAAGGUGCCAGAGAUGGACGAACAGCGUGAAUGAUGAGUAGGAUCGAGUAACAUGCACACGGGCGGAAUCUCAAGUCACUGAGUUGGAAAUGGGUUCAUGAGGUGAUGCCUACAAUAUUGGCCUGCGCAGAGGUGUGAUGGUUUGACAUGUUUUACUUAAAGCUGGCCUGUCACGAGUCACAGCGAACAUCACAAACAGUUGUCGUACUCUGUAGCAGCCAUAGAUAUGCAUUGCGAGAUCUGUCAGGAAUCAGACGGUUGAGUUUCGAGAAAAAGUUGCCGAGAGUAUCAUCCACAUUUCGGUGGGAAAAUUCUUCCGGCAGCCAGACGGGUUUUGUUACCGAGAGCUCGACGUGAGUGUCACUCCCCACCGACGGAGGGACGAAAUUGCGUCGAGCUCUCUCCAUAUCCAUCUCCACUUGAUCGGGUGAAAAAGGGUGGAAUGGAACUUGAGAUCUUCUGGGUGUGGAGUGUGGCCCCAAGCCGAUGUCAGUGGAGGCGAGGCCCAGUGAAGGCCACCAGUCGCAGGAGGUAACAUGUCACACACCUCGGGAGCUCCCGCAGAUUUCAUUUCUCCCUCGGGAAAGAUGGGGAAGAGAUGAGGGAAGUCAAGCUUGACCGACCCACUUGAGCGAGCGAGCGAGCCUCGUCACUUGACUCGGGAUCCUGCUGCGGCCAUUGGCCCCAUCGGCAUAAACUCGUCCAAGCGCAUGUUACAGAAUACGACAGGAUCACAACACAUCACCGGGGAUCCUGGCUCCGGCUCUUUCUGCUGUCAGGGCGGGCGGAGGGGGGAGCGGUGUCAGGGCUGCCAUCGAUUAUACAAAUGCAAAUGCAUCACAUGCUGCCAUCGGGUGCAUGAGAUAUUUUGCUGCAUCACUGGGUCGCUCUCCAAUUCGCAUUUCCUCGUCUGGACUGUGCCAAGGCCUCGUCUGACUCCAAAUGCCUGUAAAUGACUGUAAAUGCCUGGAAAUGACGAGCCAUGACUGCUGCACAUUCAGGCCUCUCGGAUCUAACCUGCACCGAGCCCACCGAUCCCACCGAUCCCACCGUAGCGCCGGCCGGCCGGACCCCAAGCGUGUCAGAGCACCGGACUCGCUCGGAUCGGCUGCUGCCAACGAAGAACAUGCGUCAGGCAGGGAGACUCUCCCAUGGCUCAGAAGGUUGUGAACAUGGUCUGAGGACGCAAUCAGCCUCGGCGCCCUUUUCAGUUGCCCGAUGUGCUCGGGCCCUCGAGGGCAGGCAGGCAGGCCUCAGCGUUGUCCCUUGUGGCCCCCGCUCCGAGAAACAGGUCACCGAGACCGCCCUCCGUACAUGCCUCAACAAAUGGAGCUGGGCUUUCUCCGAGAGAUCUUCUUCUCUCGCACCAGAAUCAUUCCCGAAUGUGUAAAAUGUCAUUUCCCAGCCCCAGUACAGCGCAGUAACACGUCUCUGGCUGGCCGGCCCUCUGCGAGAUCCGGUCCAAGUAUUAUCCGAGCUCCAGCAAGUGGGUGGGCUCUCGAGUGCAUCGUCGUCGUCGUCGUCGUCGUCGUCGAGAUCACCAAACUCCAGACACACACGUAAACUCUGAUGGUACACGCAGACGGUUGAGUGUUCUGAUCGCUCUACUCUGCUCUGCUCUGAUCUGUCCGGGUCUGAGCUUCUAGAGAUCCCGAGCCGAGCCGUCGAGACCUUUUCCCGAUCGCUGAGACCUUGGUUUCUUCGACAUGUGGGUGGGAGGGAUCGAUCUCGUCGUGUGGUUCAGUCAACUGAAAGACCGGGAUCGCGGAGCACAACCAUGCUGGAUGCUGCCUGCCUGCCUGCCUGCCUGCAGGUCAAGCGAAAUCUCAUAAUUUCUUUAUCUGCAGCUCCAGAAGAUGAUUCUGGCGGAGGCCGCAUGGUUAGUUUUUUUUCGCGGGUUCUCGAGAAAGGCGACUGUGUCGCACUUAUUGAUUCUGUGGUACAGAAGAGUCAUCGACGGGACGUUCAUUUAGGGACCUGGACCCCAUACUGGAUCGAAAUGUACCCAUCGGUUGCAGUAGAUAAAUACUUGGCAUCUGACAUUUCGCUCGUGCCUUCAAUGAACCCGGCGUUGCUGCUGACAUCAGAAGGUUUUCCCCAAUAGAUGUACGAUCUGCGAUGUGGUUGCUGACAUUCAAAAGAUCUUCUCCCAUGGCGCGGGUGUGCGAGCUUCGGUUCGAGAAUUUCUUUUGUUCUGAAUUUCCAGAAUACUUUUCUUUAAUUGUGGCCUCAGAGUGGACGGACCGCUCCAUUCGCCAUGCGAGCAGAGGAGUGGACGAGCCCCUGUGAGAACAAGUACAUGCACAUGCGUCAGUCGGCUGCAAGUACAGUACAUCUCGCUGGGACCAGGCCGCUCUCCGCAUUUGGAGUUCGGAGUUCGUCUUCGGAGUUAGUUCGAUCACUGCACACCUCUUUGAGACAUGCACAUGGAAGUGAAGGACGACGAGAGGCUGCAAGCAACAUUCGUUUCAACAGCAGGAUGGAAGAAAAAGGAAAAUGCAGGGAAAAACUUCCAUGAGUGGCAUCUGGGGCCUGCACAUUGAAGCCUGCCAAGAAAUUGUAACAUCCACACGCAGGAUGUUAGAAACCGCCAGUGUGGCCUGCCUGCAUGCCAAGUUAAAUGAAGUGGACCCAAAUCAAGUCUCACCCACGCAUGGCCGAUGUCGAAGAGAAAAAUGUCAGGGCAAUCUUGUAUGCUGCAUUCGAAUGACCAGCAAUGAAACUUGUCGCCAGAAAUCUGCCUUGCAGAUACUGUGAAGGAAGGAGCCAAACGACAAAAUUCUGACCUGCACGAUAACGAAAUCUUACCUCGAAAGACUUUGGUAAUGGAACAUUUCGAAGUUAUAGCAACAGCAGCAGCAGCAGAUCUCGUCAGAAAAGUUGACAGAGCGAGGAAGAAAGGAAAAAAAAAGCAAACCUUACCUGCACUUUUGAUGGAGAUCGUCCGACCCACUCGUAUAUGAGCCUGAAGUCGUAACUACAUUCAUCCUUCCAACCUGGAAAGUCUAGUGCGAGAAAGCAAUCCCAGGGCAACAUAUCCGACCUGCACUUGAUGCCAUGGAUAGGGAACUAUCAAAACAGCAGAUCUAGCCUGUGAAGUCUAGUUCAAGGAACAAAUCGAGUAGAAGCAUAGCUGACCUGCAGGCCAAAUACACUCAUGGAAUCCCAGAAUCUCACCCACUGAAUGUCAAUGCAAGUGUGAGAGUCAGUGGAAUGCAUUUUGUACCCAGAAACGUGGUAACAAAAUAUAGAACAGAUAAGGGAGAGAGUAGGAAGCCUGCUCAUGAAAGUCGGUGUACCAGGUCCAGAACACCACAACUGGCUCGUUUGGCUGAGUCAGAAGGGUUUACAAUUUCCGAUAUGUGUUACCCUGUCUGCCAGUGACAGUAAAGGACAACUUCAACAUCUACUACUGCAGUCCUGAUCUGUCCUAGUGACUUAUAUAGGCGGACAAAUCUUUACCAUCGUCGCGCAGAUUUCUUAGAAGAAGGUGUGUUGGAGUUAGCUUCAAUGUACGGUACAGAGAUACGAUAAUAUAUUGUUUUCAACGGCAGAAGAAAGCAAAUCGACUUACGUUAGCCCUGUUGAUUUCGGGCGCGCUAAGAAUUAAUUUGAUCGAGUAUUCCUUGUAAUUCAUUACGAUAUGUGAUCGUG